AUGUACAACACACGCCGUACGAAGUACACACUCAGACGCUCAAUACGGGAACACAAGCUCACAUGGCACAGAAGGGUCCACACCUUGACCGAUGCUGCACUGUUUUUCCACCUCAUCGACUCGCCUAAAGAUCUAAAAGUAGAGAAAGGAACGCCUUUUUGCGUCUGCCCUGUCACGGUGUCGUUUUCGAUUUGCCACGAGAGCGGAUGGAGAUCGCCACCCACCACUGAGUCUGCAAUCGCCAGCAACGACUCUCCGUCGGCCCAUUUUGUAUCGAUUUGUCUCGAUUUGUCUCGAUUGUUGUCUCCCUCGGCAGCCCCAGCCGUAUUCGACGUGGCUUUUGCCCAGCUGCUCCACACCGAUGUUCUGGCGCUGUGUUCGCACUAUCUGGCGAGCUGGCGUUGGAUCUCGCAGACCGCCGCUGUAACGUGUAAUUACAUAGGCGCUCAGUUGGCAAUGCUGGCCGUGCCUUCCUUGCCGUAUGCCACGGCGCCCCACUACUUCGCUCUUUCCGCCCCAUCCCCCCUCCUUCUCCACUCCGCCAGACCAGGAAGCUCCCAAAAAGCUCCCAAAGCAGACAAAAAGCCAAGAAAUCUUGUCGUUGGGGUAGUGCAAACCCAAAAGAAAAGAGGAAGCGAAGAACAAAAUCAACGGCAUAACGACAAUGGCCAGAACGAGCAGUACCAAUGGGGACGUCUAGACUGCAUCACCCUGGGAGACAAGAAUGGCAAAUGGCCGUCUUUGGACGUAUGA